GGAUUCAGCGGAGCUCUCACACAGCACACGUUUAUGUCCAAUCAAAGAGUGCAGGUGAGUCAGCCUCCUCCACUCACUGACUGUAAUUCUGCCCACAAAGAGAGCUAUCACCUGGGCGACACGGACAGCAGACACCCAUCCCCACCGACAAACAGCUCUCUCCAAGAAGUCUCUCAGCUGCCGUGAAACAUGAGGGUGAUAAUCCUGAUACCUGUGACAAUAGCCUUGUCUGUCGCCUUGUUAGGCUUCACGAAAAUACGGAAAAAGUACCGCGACAGAGAGGAAAAACAGAGCAGGUUUCGGGAUGUCAAGCUGAGGCUGACCAACGAAAUGCUGCAAGAGUAUCAGAGAGAAGUGACCGAGGCGAAAGACCACAUGGAGACGACCACAGCUGACCUGAAGGCGCUCACGGAAGAAAUUGAAACGCUCCAGUCCAACGCAGAUAAGGCGAAGAAUGAAGCGGACAUCUGCAAUGGAGAAAAGAAAAUGGUGGCAGAUCAGCUGGUGUCAGUCGAGACGCUAUUACAAAAUCUCCAAGCUGAGCUCAAUACGAUGCAGACCGGAUGGACAGCCGAGGUGGAAACACUCAAACAGCAAUUGGCAGCGAGGAGCGCAGUGUGUGACUUUUUGAAAGCAGGAUCAGCAGAUGCAAGUAAACUGUGUGGCGAGGAACCAAAGGCAGAGGUCCCUAAACCAGAGGGACCAAAAGCAGAGGCCCCUAAACCAGAAGAACCAAAAGCAGAGGCCCCUAAACCAGAGGAACCAAAAGCAGAGGCCCCUAAACCAGAAGAACCAAAAGCAGAGGCCCCUAAACCAGAGGAACCAAAAGCAGAGGCCCCUAAACCAGAAGAACCAAAAGCAGAGGCCCCUAAACCAGAGGAACCAAAAGCAGAGGCCCCUAAACCAGAGGAACCAAAAGCAGAGGCCCCUAAACCAGAGGAACCAAAAGCAGAGGCCCCUAAACCAGAGGAACCAAAGGCGGUGGCCCCUAAACAAUAAGAGGCUAAACCUGUUUUUCCACUCACUCAGAACACAUUAUCUCUAUAAGAAAACCAAAUCUGUUCUUGAUACGUGUCAACGAGAUUCCAGCACAGAACGGUGAACUCAUGGUUUUAUUAUGAACACAUCACCACUGUGCAUAUUUCAGCCCUUGUGUUUCAGGAUAUUUAUUAACACUACACAAACACACAACAGUCAGGGUGUGGGUAAUGCUUCACUAAACUGUAUCCUGGUUGCACAGGUUUAAUGUUUAAUGUUGGCAAACUGUGUGGCUGAGACAUACGAGACACAGUAAGUAGAAAUAAUAAGUUGAUCACAUCCCAUGGUGCGGCCAAGUGUCCUUUUUUUAUUGAAAACAUGCAGGUUUACUUAAUUAUCAGCCACAAAGCAGCCAUUCCUGCUUUUCAAAACCCAAUUGAUUUUUUUUAAUAUAUAUUUAUAUGCGUUUAAAACAAUAUGUAAUUAUACAUCUAUAUUUAUAUAUGCGAUUGGACUGCAUGUAAAUAGGGGUUGAUGGGAAAUGCAAAUGAACCAGGAAAAAGGUCUGUUUUUAUUUGCACUGUUUCAACACUGUACCUUGUUACGUUUCUUUUGCUUCUGUAAAUGAUUAUUAUUUCUGUCCUUAAGUUUUUUCCCCCUCUGUUAGAUAACUCCUCCAUGUACAAUGUUGAAAACACAGAAAUAGGUAUUGAAUAAUCGUUGUCAACCUUGUCUGCCUCUCUGUCUUUUGAGUGACCCUGCCUCAGGGGUGUGUGUGUGUGUGUGUGUGACAGAGGGCGAGACCAAAGCACCGACCAAUCGGAGAACACACAGCCUCGGUCCUUCUCUCUCUAUAAGCUUCACUCUGUUAGCCUGAUGAGGCUCUGGAUGUGCACUCUGUGGUCUCGCUUCAAGCUUCAUCAUGUAUUUCUGUUAGAGAUUUUAAUAAAAUGUUCUGCCUAAACUGUU